AUGGACGUCUUUGAUACCCUGUAUUGGAGGAAAACAAAGUAUCUUUUGUCCGCGAUAGGAGUAUGGCCUUUUCAGCCGGUCAGUCAGCGAAGAAUUCUCGGGACUCUUGUUUACUUGAUCAUACAAAGUAUAUUCAUUUGUGUGUUUUUGAAAGUCGCUGUUGCUUGGGGAAAUUUAGCAGAAACUCUUUACAGUAUUCCGAUCCUUGUAUAUUUUUCCAUGAUUCAAGUCAAAAUAACAAACUGCCACUUAAAUCUAAAAAAGGCUAAAUAUUUAUUACUUCAAGUAAAAAAAGACUUGGAAUCUAAUUUAGAAGACUCAGAAUUUGAAAUUCUACGUAAUGACGCCCGGAUUCAUCAAAUGAUAAUGAAUGUCUAUUACAGUGGAUUGAUAUGUGUAGCGACAGUUUACAUUGUUUUACCAUUAAUGUCACCCAUACUCGAUAUUUUUAUUCCAUUAAAUGAAACAAGGGAAAGAAUUUUACCGUAUCCAGCUGAGUACUUUGUAGACAUCCAGAAACAUUUUUUUUUCUUCUAUCCUCAUGGUGCAAUAGUCACUCCCAUUGCGUUGACUGUUCUGGUAGGGUUUGAUUCACUUUACGCAGGUUUUGUUCAACACGCAUCCAGUAUGUUCACCAUUAUUGGAAAACGUUUGGAAAAUUUAGCAGAAGGUAAUGCGAAAAAAAAUUUAAUUAAUCGAGACAAUCGCUUGAACUCAUUUAUAACUUGCUUAAAAAUGCACCGCGACAUUCUGCACUUGUGGAAAAAUAUUACUCGAAUUAUUUUUUCGUAUUACUCGGUGUCAUUGUUUGGGAUUGGUGAAAAAAUCCGGUGUCUCUGGUAUGCAAUGGGCCAAGUCACUCACUUAUUUUUUCUGAGUUACGUCGGACAGAAGCUCAUUGACAAUAGUCAGUGCGUCAAUGCUUCAUUAUGCGCAGCCUCGUGGUAUAAUUAUCCCAAAGAAAUAAGAAUCUUGACGAUUAUGAUACUGAUGCGAGGAAGAAUAACAUCACGGAUAACCGCCGGUAAAAUUUAUACCAUGAGUGUGGAAAAUUUCAGCUCUGUAAUGAAAACUUCAAUGUCAUAUUUUGCCGUUCUCACGUCAAUGGAGGCA